AACAAUCCACAGACAGAGCAUGUAUGGCAGCUCCCCCAAUUGUUGAGAGAGAGGGGUUUAUUUCUCUGUAGUUGUUGUUUUCCUUGGCGUUAGGGUUUGCUAUUUCGAGGCUUGCAAGGAGCUACCACUCCAAAACCCUAGUUUCUCAGGGCGGAAAGAAGCCGAAGCGGCCUGUAGCCCAAAGAGUGGGCUUCCAUUAAAAAAGAGGCGGCCGAUUACGCAGGCGAGAAGAAAGUAAGGAAAAGCGAGGGAGAGCGAGAGAGAGAGAAAAUGGAGGGGCGCGAGUGCGAUUGUAGGGAAGGGAGAAGGGCCGGCAUUCUCGCAGAGUUAAAGUCUCUUAAACAGCAAAAGAUUGAGAUCGAGAAGCGUAUAAACGUCAUUGAAACCCAGCUCCAUGAUGGUGGUCAUUUCGCAGAGGAGGAGGGAGUUCGUGAUCCUCAUCAUUCCGCUUCUUGCAAUUCCGCCUCUGCUUCUUUGACUCCGCAAGAUAUAUACAGAUACAGUCGCCACCUCUUGCUUCCUUCUUUCGGUGUACAAGGGCAGUUAAAUCUCUUGAAGUCUUCAAUUUUGGUGGUUGGAGCUGGAGGAUUGGGGUCACCUGCUCUACUAUAUCUUGCGGCAUGUGGUGUUGGUUGCAUUGGUAUUGUUGAUCAUGAUGUGGUUGAACUUAAUAAUCUACAUCGACAGAUCAUUCACAAUGAAGCAUAUAUUGGACAAUCGAAGGUGAAGUCUGCUGCUGAAGCAUGUCAUGGGAUUAACUCCACCAUUCGGAUUGUAGAAUAUCCAGAAGCUUUGGGUAGUCAAAAUGCUUUGGACAUAGUUAGCAAAUAUGACGUGGUGAUAGACGCAACAGACAAUGUCUCAACCCGCUAUCUUAUCAGUGAUUGCUGUGUUGUAUUGGGAAAACCGCUUGUAUCUGGUGCUGCCCUAGGAUUGGAGGGGCAGCUAACAGUUUACCAUCAUAAAGGAGGACCAUGCUAUAGAUGUUUAUUUCCUUCACCACCUCCUCAAGCAGCAUGCCAAAAUUGUUCUGACAGUGGAGUUCUUGGAGUUGUCCCAGGAGUAAUCGGCUGCCUUCAAGCCUUAGAGGCAAUAAAGAUUGCAAGUUCAGUGGGUGAACCUCUUUCUGGAAGAAUGCUUCUUUUUGAUGCCUUACCAGCAAGAAUCCACAUUGUGAAAAUUAGAGGCAGGUCUUUGAACUGUGUAGCUUGUGGAGAAAAUGCAACAUUCACCAGAGAUUCAUUUCAGAGUUUUGACUAUGAAAAAUUCACUCAAGCUCCCUUCUCGGAUAAGACUCGUCCAAAGCUGAGCCUUCUUCCAGAGAGUGCAAGAAUCAGCAGCAAGGAGUACAACGAGUGUGUGGAAAGGGGGGAGCCACACGUGUUGGUGGAUGUGAGACCAGAGCACCACUUUAUGAUCGCUUCUUUGCCAAAAUCCUUAAAUCUUCCUCUCUCUACCUUGCAGUCAAGGUUGGGGGAGAUUGAGGAAGCCUUGAAGAGAGAGGAGUCCGAUCUUUCUCCAGGUUCACAUGCUUCAUUGUAUGUGGUUUGUAGGAGAGGCAAUGAUUCCCAAAGGGCUGUUGAUUACCUACAUGGUGUUGGCUUCCCUUUGGCUCAGGAUAUAAUUGGAGGAUUGGAAUCUUGGGCCCGAGAUGUCUAUCCCAAUUUCCCAAUGUAUUAGUUAGCUUCUUCCAUCUUAAGCAUCAACUGUUGUGAUAUUGGGUGUCAUUGUUAAGUGCCUUAAAUGUUAAUUUAUUUAUAGGAAGAAUAAGGAUAGAACUAUUAGCAUUUGAUGUCCUGACAUUUUCACUAGAGCGGCCGAAAUCCAUUUCUUUUUUGGGUCACACCAGCGAGGUGUCUACCCAAGAGUUCAUUUUUGUUCUAAACUGUUUGCAUGGAAUUAUUAAACAAUGAUAAGGGUGAGGUCCGUGUAA